AUGUCAUGGUGGUUGUCACUGGCGCUGCUAGCGCUGUCCGCGCCCGCCCGCGCCACGCCUCGGGCCGGCCCUGGUGAGCUCUUUUACAGUUAUCAGAUGUCCCGCAAGUCGUGUACGGUCGGCGGCUCGAGAGGAGCUUGCAUGUGGGUACAGGAAUGCAACAGAGUUGGAGGAAUACACGCGGGAGUCUGUGUAGAUGGCUUCAUGUUCGGCUCAUGCUGCCGAAUGCCCGACCGACCUAUAACAGAGACGCCGAUUCCAACUACAGUUACCGAUCGUCCGUCAACAACGCCAUCAUACACCACGACCAGCGUAACAACUAUUACUCCGAGUACUACUCAAACUAUACGGCCCUCUUCGCAAACGGCACGGCCGUCGUUCAUGACCAAACCCAUAGAUGGCGUUCCCACAUCAUAUAGCUACCGCCCGCCUGAAAUAAACCUGCCCUCUGUUAGCAGUUUAGAUGCAAGUAGCGAGCAAAACAGUGAUAUAGUUCAUAAACUAACUUAUAGCAGUGUAAAUAAGUACCAAAAUGUACAUAGGCCAAGCAAUGAAAUGGAAGCUAGUCCUCACAACAAAAUUUCGUCUAGUCUUAGUUUUAUGGGCGCGCGCCCUAUGGCUGUUUCCGAACAACACUCAGAGAACAGCAUUGCUUCAGCUCAUAUGAUGUCGCGUCCAAACAACUUGAACACAAUACAUUGGCAGGCUACAACUGAGCCAAUAUUCGUAACAAAACCGAGACCGAAUUGGGAGAAACCAGUAGGGAAACCAAAACCCACAAAGAAGUUUACAACCACAACCAGCAAGCCACAUAAGAAUUACAUAAAACCAAAGGAUCCAGCUUUAAACAUGAUUAACAAAACCGACGAGUCGACGCCCGCUACUAUACAAACAACAGCCGCAACGAAUAGUGUCGAAUGUGGCACGAGAGCGAUGUGGCCACGUCCAGAAACGAGGAUAAUGGGUGGCAAAGACUCCAGUUUCGGUCGCUGGCCAUGGCAGGUGUCUGUGAGACGGAACUCCUUCUUCGGCUUCUCAUCGACUCAUAGAUGUGGAGGUGCUAUUAUCAACGAGGGCUGGAUAGCGACCGCUGGGCAUUGUGUUGAUGAUCUUCUUACAUCGCAAAUCCGGAUAAGGGUCGGCGAAUACGAUUUCUCAACAGUAUCUGAACAAUACCCGUAUUCUGAGAGAGGUGUGGCUAGAAAGGCGGUCCAUCCGAAAUACAAUUUUUACACAUACGAAUAUGAUUUGGCGUUGGUGAAGCUGGAUUCGCCGGUACAGUUCGCGCCUCAUAUAUCCCCGAUAUGCCUUCCAGCGAGCGAUGACCUUCUGGUCGGUGAAAAUGCUACCGUCACGGGUUGGGGAAGAUUAUCUGAGGGUGGAGUUUUGCCUUCCGUUUUGCAAGAGGUCCAAGUACCAAUAGUAUCGAAUGAUAGAUGUAAAUCAAUGUUUCUACAAGCUGGAAGACAUGAGUUCAUUCCGGAUAUUUUCCUUUGUGCGGGACACGAGCGAGGGGGUCACGACUCUUGUCAGGGAGAUUCGGGGGGACCCUUACAGGUCAAAGGAAAAGAUCAAAAAUAUUUCCUAGCCGGCAUCAUAAGCUGGGGUAUCGGUUGUGGGGAGGCGAACUUACCCGGCGUUUGCACAAGAAUAUCUAAGUUCGUCCCGUGGAUAUUGCAAACUGUUAACUCAUAA